UGUGGUAUCUUUUGGCGCUUCAGCGACGGUCACACCACUAAAAUUUCGUUUUUUUGUCGACAAUUUGACAUUUAAUUUCUCUCAAGGCUUAAUUAAACUAAAUAGCGUGGUGUCGGUCCAAAUUAAAGGUAUCCAGACGGCAAUUCCGGCCCCAAAUAAAGUUUCCCCACGCCCGAUUGCACUGUGCGAAAAACCGGUUGUUGACCUUCGGCAGCAUGGAGCGUCGUCGCUUUAACUUGAGCAGCAUGUCUCCCAUGGCGGAUUCCACGCGGAUCGACGCGUCGCUGAUAAGCAAUCGCCCGUCGGCCAGCAGUUUCUUGAGGGGACUGAGUCCCAAGGGGGGAAACACCACGCUCAAUGGCACUCGCACCCCGGAGAGGUCCUUGAUGAAUCACACGGCCACCUCGCCCAGCAGCAUAGCGCGACAGAAACUGAACCUCAGCCAUAUAGAUCCCAGAACCUUUGCCGAUGUCCAUAGUAGCGGACUGGCCUCCCGCAUUGUGGCCUACCACGAGAGCAGCCUAGGAGGACGCAGUGGUCUGCAGCGCAGCAUGUCCGCCAGCAAUCUGUACAACCCACUGACGCAGCCGCGCAGAGCGCCAGCCUCCCCGAUACCCUACAAGUCCCGGGUGCCGCCUCUUUCGAUGACUCAGAUAGCACCACCGGAACGUAGCUUCUACUCCGGCAACACGCUGCCCAGCCUGCUGCGCUCCAAUUCCCUGGCCGGAGUGGUGCACAAGACCAGCGAGCAGGAGCAGUUGUCGCGGGAGAACAGACCCAUCCUGCACCCACCGCAUCCGCAGCACGAGAGCGAACCCACCAGGAGCGUGCUGGAGGAGCUCAAGGAGAUCUCGCGGAAGCGCAUCAACACUGGAGAUGCGCAGCCGCCACAUGACUUUACGAAGAGGAGUUGCCAGCGGGGUGUGGACUUUGUGGACCAUCACCGCCACCAACAGCAGCUGCACCAGUUGCAGCAGCAGCAAAGUCAGUCCUUUAAAAGGCAGCGUGAGCUGACCGUUUCUGUACCUCUCAGGCAUCAUUCGACAUCGAUCGCGUCAGCUCCUCCAUCUGCACUGCAGCAUUUGCACUCCAAUGGCAGCAUCUCGCCUACACAGUCGCCGGAACAGGUGGCCAAGAGGCCCAACUGCAGCUACAACAACGACAUUGCCUCCUCGCUGAGCUCCAGCCAGCGUCACAGCAACAAACGGAAGCUGUUCGACAUGCGCGAGAGUUUCCAGACUAGUAGAAACGAGACUCUAGGCAGUGGAAGUUCACCCGAGAAUUCGCCCGGCGAAAAUGUGGCCAAAAUUCAGCGAAAAGUAGAUGCAGAAUCUGUCAGCAGGACGAUGAGCAUGCCAGUUCCAGCUGUGUCUGCAGUUCCUGCCUCCCGGUCCAUUUCAGCUCCGCCUGCGCAAAGGAUAGAGCAGCGAUCUGUAGAAGUUCCGCCUGCGACAGAAAAGCCCAAGCUUACCCUCUUCAAUGCGCGACAGUCACACACGAAGGCUGAACCGCCGCGGCAGGAUCUGAGCAGCCCAGAUGUGGAUGCCGGAGAGUAUGCCGGCAUUCAAUUCGUGAAGCCGAAGCAGCAGAAUUCCAUGCUGGGCGUUAAGAAACCCAGUGUGGAGCGCACGCACAAGACCAAGCUGGCUAUAAUGCUGAGUGGCUUGAAGGGCGAACUGUACCAGGGUGAGCCGGACGAAUUAGAUGCUCCAGCGGCAGCCCCAGCUCCAGCGCCUGCUGCGCUUCCAACACCCAUUAAACCUAUCAUAGCGCCGCCUGUUACUACAACCACUACUACGACUUCGACUUCCACUGCCACCGUGUCUACUACAGCGCCCAUCAAGCCGGUUAUACUAAGUAACCAGGUGAUAAAGCCAGCGGAAACGACAACCACAAGUACCUCGAGUGCAGUGCCCAAACUUGUGUUUGGUCAGGCUACACCCGCACCCGCUACUGCCGAAGGAGAGGCACCAAAAACCACCGACAAGGUCUCGGCAGCACCAGCAGAAACCCCGACAAAGUUCGAAUUGAUAGCCAAACCCGCUACACCAGCAACAUCCGCUCAACCAUUGAUCAACUUUAGCACACCGAAAUCCUCAGCUCCAGCCACACUAUCAUUUGGAAAUCCCACCACCGGCACUAUAACUACGACUACUACCACCAUUAGCACUAGUUUGACUACCUCAAAGCCCAUAUUCUCGUUCGGACAACCGCCUGCCAAUGGACCAACAGUAGGCGCUUCUACUGGAUUCAAACUGGACAGUCCUGCGACAACAGCAGUCACUACAACUAACUCGGGAGCGCCAGUCACGUCAACCUCUACUUUCGGAAUGGCCGCACCAAAAACCACCGCAACUGUCGCUCCCACAACAAAUCCACCCAUCAGUUUCGACAAGCCGCUUACAGCAAUGGUAGGAACAGGACCCGCCACCAGCAAUAACUCGGCAACAGCAACAAUUUCACCAUUUGGAGCAAGUGCAGGAGCCCCCGCAGCCAAGCCAAUAUUUACCUUUGGACAGUCGGGCACUGCAAGCUCAGGAACUUCGACCAGCAGCGGAAAUGGAACUGCUGCUCCAAAUCCAGCUGUAUUUAGUUUUGACGGCAACCCCGCUCAAACAUCUCGAGUGGAACCAACAUCGCUGUUUGGCAGCCAACCACAAACCACAGGAAACUCCUUUGGGAGCGUUUUUGGUCAACCCGCGGCCACCAAACCCGAGCCCACAAAAGCGGGCAUCUUUGGAAAUCCAAAUCCGGAGAACAGUUUUGGAAGCGCAUUUAAGCCACCAGCAGAUGUGGCAGCCACCACUGCCGCCGAGCUGCCCAAGCCAUUUGGAUUUUCAGCCACUACCACCGCGGCUGGCGGAACCCCAGCAGCGGCCACGAAUCUCUUUACCUUUGGAGGAUCAGCAGCAGCCGCUUCAAAGCCAGCGGAGCCAGCUCCAACUAGCACCCAGAACAAUACCUUUGGUCAGAGUGUAGCCACAAGUACGCCCUUUUCCUUUGGAGGAGCAGCCAGUUCCACAGGAGCCACUGGAAAUAAGGAUAACAAAUCAGUGUUUGCAUUUGGAGCAGGAGGAGACAACAACUCGGCAGCCAAGCCCAGUGCGGUGUUCAGUUUUGGAGGCUCGGACAAAGGAGCUCCUCCCGCCUUUGGCAGCGUAGCAACACCGGCAUCAUCUGCUUCAGCAACGCCCACAAGCAAUGCCUUUGGAUUUGGCGCAGCACAGAAGCCCUCAACACCCAUGUUUGGCAGUGGAUCAGCCCAACAGGCUCCAGCCCCGUCUGCGGCAGCCAGCAAACCCUUUGCAUUUGGUGCUGCCCAGCAGACCCCAACAUCGUCAGCUCCGCCAUCAUCAGGAGGAUUUUCAUUUGCCGCCGUAGCGGCCAAAAAUAACACGGAACCCGCCGCAACAAAUGUGUUUGGCAGCCCCGCCAACGCUAGCAAGCCGAGCUUCAACUUUGGAGGCAGUACCGUCAACCAGGCAGGAACAGGGUCACCAGCUGGUGGCUUCUCUUUUGCGACGCCCGCCAAGAAGGAGGAGCCUGCGGGCAACAACAUGUUCGGAAGCCCCAACACGGGAAUAGUGAAGCCUAACUUCAGUUUCUCAGGCAACAAUCCGAGCACACAAUCAGCAGGUCCUAGCCCUGCGCCCAGCUUUGGAGGAUUCGGAGCUCCGGCAGCAGCAGCAGCAACAGCUGCCUCUAGCAAUCAGAACAAACCCUUCGCAUUUGGAGGCAACACCACGGCAGCUGCUCCCAGCCCAGCGCAGCCAAUGGGGGGCAACCUCUUCGCCAAUGCAGUGGCAGCUACUCAUAACCAACCCAAGCCGGGUGCGUUUAGCUUCGGUGGAGCCAAGAGCAACGCCAGCACGACGGCAGGAAACGCCCCUUUCUCGUUUGGAGGAGCAGCUGCCGGCGGCAUCGCUUCGCCGCCCAGCAAUCAGGGCAUAAACACCGCAAAGCCCUUCAGCUUUGGUGGUGUGGGCGGCAAUCCGGCUCCCAGUGUCUUUGGCAGUCCAGCUCCUUCUCCGGCGGCUAGCAACCCAGCCGGAACCUUCAGUUUCGGUGGCGCCAGUCCGGCGCAGCAGGCCAACGCAGGCAAUAUGUUCGCACCAGCGCCCAGCACGCCGGAGGGUCGACCCAUCCGUAAGGCCACCCGGCGACUGCAAAAGUAGGUCCGAGUCCCAACGUCAUGUGUGUAGAUCAUUGUUUUGCUAGUUAAAUUAUUGUUUUUUAUGCCAGACAGUAAAUGGAAUUAACAAGGUCGUGGGCAUUCCGAUUUGUAAUAUAUAUAUAUGUGUCCAUCGACUCUGGUCCGGUUCUGUGAAAUGUAAUUGACAGACUUUUGAUCGGAUUGUCACUAAAAGAAUGUAGAGUUAGGAAUCACGUAUCAUCUAAAAAUACAUAAGAAAUAUAAACAAUAAAGCAUGAACUCUGAAGUGUUCGAUUUAAAUUUGAAA